AUGACCGAAAUAGCUAGCCCAGCCAUGGCUACAGCAAACGAGAAGGUUGCGGACGUUGCACCCGCCGACGCUGUUGACCAAAACAAUCCCGCCACACCGCCGUUGAACCCGACAACCCAAUCUCUCAUCGACCAAGUCAGCCUCUUCCUUGCCCACGCCGAUAGAAUAACUCUCGCCUCUAUUUCUGCUGGAUUGAUUGCCGUUUCAUACGUGGUGUUUGGUAGGCUUGCGCUUCUUUUGGUCGGCGCAGUCGGUGGAGUUGUCUUGCAUAUCUGGUGGGAGGGACGUGAGAGUGCAGCGGAUGGAGAUGGCGAAGCAGCGGGAAAGCGUAAACGGCAAGAACUCAGCCUAGAGGUAGCGAACAGGUUGACAAGCUUGUAUGCAGACCGUGGUGCCAAAUCUGGAGAAGAUGAGGACGCUUUGCAUAAAUCGAGGGACGCCGUCUUGGACUACUCUAGGCUAGGGCCAGCUACGGGCACCGCAUUAACGGCUUUUACGGAUUCAGUAAUUGCUGACUAUGUAAACUGGUGGUAUAAACCAAUUUUACCGUCUGAUGUUGAGUUUCCAAAGGCCUGCCGCGAUACGUUCGUCAGUAUGAUCCUGGCCGUAUCAUCUCGGAUAUCUCGCAAACGACCUGCAGACAUUUUCCUCCAGUUUGCGACCAAUUCAACCUCAUUUAUGAUUGUCUUUUUCAGCGAACUUUCCGCCGCCGUGGGCACUGCAACGGCCGGAUCUACGCCUGUUGCGGACUCCAUAGAUGAUUAUUUGGAGAAAAACCCGGAGAGCAGUCUUGCCAAUGUCUUAUCGCUCAGCCAGCAGGAGAAGAAACUCGGCCUCGUUGGAACCGACAUUCUCGAAACAUUCCUUGAGCCUUCAGUUUACAAUUGUGGUCCUCUCCGCGUGUUUCUGCGUGAGGUAAUAUCCCGCUUGAUACUACAAAGGACAAUAGAUAUGUGCUCUGAUCCGGAGUAUAUUAAUACCUGGAUCGUGUACUUUCUUGAAGAAGGGGAGCCACAGCUGAUGAAUGCCAUCGAUGCUGGACUUGAACAGGUAGGGGAUCUCAAGCAGAAAGCUUCGCCUAGCAAGGCUGCAUCAAUCUCCAGUAUACCCGGAGAUAAAUCCUCUGGUGUCAUCACGAGUCUAGGAGACCAUACGCCAGUUGAACAAAGGCAUACCAACCAGGUGCAGAAUGCGAAUUAUUCUCCUGAACCUGAAUUGGUGCAUGAAGGUGCUGUUGCUGGUUCGACGGGACCUGAAAGAGCCAUCAAUAUACCCAGUUCUAGCCAGAAUAUUGAUAAUACUAGUAUAUAUACGCAACUACCUACCGAGUCAUCCUCUUCGAACAAUACCGAUCUUCAGCCUACCCCAGGUUCAAGCACCAGCCUUAGUGAAAAUUUCUCUAAAAACCCCGAGACUCCCCCGGGUAGCCAGGCCAACCCAGGCCUAGAAAACUCUGCCGUUCCGCCGCUUACGCCGCAGUCCCCUCAACUUCGUGGUUCCUCAGUUUCGAUAGUCGAAGACUUCAACGAAGAUGACAAAACGAACUUGCGUUCAAAGCCAACCAGCGAAUAUUUGCUACAGAUUGAACCCAGCAACUCUAAACUUACUGGCUGGAUGAUUGCGAGAAAAUAUAGCGACUUCGAAAUACUUCAUGAAACUCUACGACGAAUUUCCGUUGUAUCAGGUGUCUCCGAUUUUUCGUUGCAUCAUAAUGAGUUACCUGGGUGGAAAGGUCGAAACAGGAACAGCCUGCGGGUGGCCCUUGAGAAAUACCUACAAACUGCUUUACAGUAUGAGCAACUGGCAGAGUGCGAAGGAAUGAAGAAGUUUUUGGAAAAGGGCCGUCAAUCGGGACUUGAUCCGGACCCUGCAUCGGCAAAGCCUGGGUUUCCUUUUGCAGCGCCUGCUGCAGUCUUUGAGAAUAUGGGGAAAGGCGUGAUGGGCGUGCUUGGGACUGCACCGAAGGGCGUCGCCAAUAGUAAAAAGGCUAUUGUUGACGGAGUAUCGGGAAUAUUUGGGGCGACAGGGAAUGAUGCUAGAAAACGAGGCAACAGCAACGCAGCUACUAGAUCUUCGAAUUUGCGAGGCGGUUCUAUUGAUAUCCGUUCAUCCUCUACUACUAACUUCACAACGCAUUCGAAGAAUCUCUCAUUGAGCAAUCUGCAGGAUAAGCCACGGACGUCCUUCCAGCGACAACCAACACAGCUUGAAUCGGAAUCAGAGGAUACCAACGUCGAAUUUCCGAUUUCAACUUCGCAACCUGGUAGCUCGUUAGCCAGCUCGCGCGAGUGUUUAUCAGAUGCGGGCAAUGUUACUCCAGAAUCAUCAGAUACACCAGAUGCCAUGCAUGCAACUCCUCCCCCUGAAGUAAAUGAAGAAACGCAAAGUAAGGCCGACCAUACGCCUGGGUCUACCAGUCCGCCUGUUACAGAGCCGCCAGCUAAGAAGAGUUUUGAGACCCGUUCAUACCCUCCACUCUCUGAAGAAGAAUCGGUCAUUGUAGUAGAGCUAUUAUUCGCCGUGAUCAACGAGGUCUACAGUCUUUCAUCAGCGUGGAACAUUCGGAAGAGGCUGCUAAAUGCGUCAAAAUCUUUCCUUCUACGUCCAGGAAACCCCAGUCUCGAAGCUAUUCGGUCUCUUCUUCAAGACUCGGUGAUCGAUGGAAAUACGUCAGAUGAAGCACUUGCUAGAUGUAUCACCAAGCUACACAAAAGUAGCAUGCCAACAGAGGAGGAUAUGAAGGCGUAUCCGCCGCCGCUCUCACCAGAGCAGAAAGAACAAUUGAGGAUUAAGGCCAGAGCUCUACUAAUUAGCAGGGGCAUGCCACCAGCCCUGAUGGGUAUUAUGGGUGCGAAUGCGACUGGAGAGGCGCUUGGGAAAAUCUUCGACUGUCUUCAAGUACCAUCUAUUGGACGGGCGUUUGUUUUUGCUAUCCUUCUACAGGCGAUUAGGGUUGUGACACAGUGA